CUCUUUUCUUACUUCUUUACAUUGUAAAUGAAUUCUCCUGUCAAGCUCUCUAUAGACUUGCUUCCAGAAUUUGGAUGGCGCAUCAAUGGAGAACCUGUUUAUUCACCAGGCUCCAUAUUCGAAGGCAGCGUCAAAGUCGAUACUACAACAAACAUCCCACAAGCAACGAUAAAAAUAUUAUUUGUUGGUACGGAAAAACUAAGACCUGACGUUGCUGCAAUAUCAGGCGUUAUGCUUGAACAACGUCCAAUUUUUGCCGUUCGCUCCAUUCUGUUCGGAAAAGAAGGACCGCAAGAUAUUCCAACGGGUGAACAGCAAUAUCAUUUUGCUAUUCAACUACCCAUGGUCAAUUACCCACCCACCUUUGUACAUUCAAUGUGCAGCUGCUCCUUCCGCUUGAUCGCUGUGUUGGAGUCGGAUAGCACGAAAAGAAUGUACAGCGAGCAGUCCAUUCGAUACAUCCCAUACAUCGAAACGAGCCCAUUGAAGGACACUUACACUUUGACGGCUCAUGGUAGCUCUAUAUCCGUACCAAGUCUUUCAUACCUUCAAUCUGACACCAUUCCCAUACACUAUGAAAGCAAAAACAGCCCUGUUACAUCGGUUACUGUCAAGUUACGGCGGAGACUGUCGUAUGGCGAUGACGGCGUUGAAGAUCACCUAGAUGAAACGUUGGCUAGCGAGGAAAUCAAGUUGACGAACACAAAUACGUUGAAUGGCACUGUAUAUUUCAACCUGCCAGAAUCCAUCGUACCUACUAUAGAUUACAGUAGCUGGAUGUCUAUGACUUACAGCCUGGAAGUCCACAUCCGGCGACAAAAGUUGAUUGGCACCGCAGCUCAUUUCAUGGUUCCCCUCACCAUCGGUACCAUGGGACCUGGUAUCCGCACGCCAUCUGAUCUUAAGCCAUACAACCAAUCCAAAGAAGAUGAGGCUGGCCGCCGCGUGGUGCCUUGCUUCGUACAGCGCAUAGAGUACGAAGACUGUUUGCCUGAAUACGCCAGCUACAAGUUACCUAAUUAUCAAAAUUCCUCCAGCUGUGAGUGGGCCGAGCCUUCUACAGCAUGAUACCAUUGGCACUACCGUCAUCCUAAGAGUUCUCAACAGCAUUUUUUUUUUUUUUUCACAUUCCAAAAAAUCAGUCAUUUUCUUGCAUACACCCCGUCCUCACUUCAUCUCAUCCCCAAAAUAAAUACAUACAGUAUCUAAAGAUAACUCUCAUGCUGCAGUUUUCAAAUAUUUAUGUAAGCCUAUGAGUACACACACGCAGAAGGAGUAACCAUGAGGCGCGCAUCAUGCAUGUGGUACCAUUGACUUUGCCACUCGUUUUCAUUAUGUCGACUUGCCAUCU